UGGGCACUUUUUUCUUUGGUCCACUGGUGGCUGGUCAACAAGUUGUGUAACUCACCUGGCUUCCCUAGAGAGACAGGUAGUAUCUUGCCUAAGUUGUUCAGUUACAAAGAGAAAGUGUGAGUGAGUGACUGGCCUCCUUCUCUUCCCUUUAUCUUUUUAUACCUCUCCUCACCUGUAGGGCAGAGGGAAGGUUGGCGUGUGAUGCAGGUGAGUUACAUAAAUGAGUACUGUAACCUGUCUAUAAUCUAGAACUCUGUAGGUUAAUAGAUGCAUGUCCAUCCCCUCUCUCUAGCAAGGGAGAGAGGAGCUGACAAUUAAAUAAAACCCAUCGGUUUUAUUAUUCUUUUAUUGUCUCAGACAUGAGGGGUUCAUCCAACCCCUUUUUGAAUAAGCGAUGCUAUACAUGCCCAUUAAUUUGCAAGGCCCAGACGACUGGUAGUUGAACAUCACAUAAGCUCAACAGGUCAGAGGCACAGGACUCCUUCCUCUGCUCUACAUGACCAGGAAGGAGGCCCAGGUAAAUUGAGGUACCAGUCAGUUCAGAGAUUUACUGAGAAUCCUCCAUCAAGAAGUAAGUUUCCAUUUGUAAAGACCGAAGGUUUAUAUUUGUUUACGAACAAACUACAAAUAUUUUGAGUAAUUUGUAUUUUUCUGAACAUACAAACCUGAAGGUCUUUACAUAAAUGUCCCACCUCAAGCCACCCUCAUUUUACUACCUGAGCCAAAAGGUUAAAGUGAAGCUUAAGGAUGGGUUGGGCAGGACUCCCACUCUACCGUUGAUAGUUAACCACUUUAUUUAAAAUUAAACGGCAGUUUUCCCAACUUGCGCUGCAAUUAUAUCCAUAUGUAAAGACCUUCAGGUUUGUAUAUUAGGAAAAAUACAAAUUACUUGAAAAAAUGGUAGUCAUUCCACCUUUGCAUCAUUGAAAACCAAAAGGAUUUUUACUGUAUUCAUUUUUAUUUAUGUAUGUAUACAUUCAUGUAGAUUUUGGAAGGGCUGGAGUUAAAUGUGAAUAUGUUGCUAAGUUGCAAGAUAUGCAGAUACAAUAAUCGAAGAAAUGCUGUAAUAUGAAAUUUUCAUAGAUACGCAAACCAAAACCUUAUAUCAUAUCUACCAUCGCAGCCACCCCCCUUUGUUCAUCAGGCCAAAACAAGAAGUGCUUGGUGAUGGCAUAUGAAUGAGGGGAAUUCCCUUACUCACUCUUCUUAACCACCAGUUAACCCAUUUCCAACAUGCACUGAAAGAUACUCCUUCAUAAAAAGCUCUGGUUUGUUUAGCUCUGAAAACAGUGUCACAUUUGUAGAAAAGUAGCAGCACAUACCUUCCAAGACCGUCAUCCGUGUUGCUGGUCAUAAUAGCUAUUCAUGUAUUGUAUCCACACUAACAAUCAGUGAAACUAAUUUGAAAACUUUCAUCGCUCUUCAAAAUACUACUCAAUUCACCCUUAUUAUUUUUUCUUUUAUCAUCUACUGCAUCUGUGGAUAAUAUGGUGUUAUGUAUAGCUGGAUCAUAUAUAAUUAAGCAUUUGCUGUGUACUGUACCCUUCUUGCUGUUACCCCACAAAACUCUUAUGAUGGUCUCUUGAAUUUGCUAUUCUUGGCCUUUCAUUUGUUAAUAAGAUAUGUUCAUAAGUAAUUUGUAUUGUAAUGUCAAGCUAAGAAGGUUUACAGAUGUGAGGUGGUGGGCAUCAAUAUUAAAUGUUCAUCUAUUGUUGCCUCAGGAGUGUUUAUGGGAACCUGAAUUGAAUUUGAUCGAUUAUUUUGCUGCUUCAGUUCUGGCAUUAUGUUUCCUAACUCUGUCUUGCAUUGUUUGAUUUCAGAUUCUCCCUCAAAAGAACCUUCCUUCCUUCGUCAGUUUUUAUUAGCUUCAGGAUUUUGGGAAUGCAUGUUCUUUAUUCGUACUACAUGGAACAUUACCAAUAGCAACUCUGAAAGUGUAUGAGACAACAGUGAAUUAUUGUAUGCAUAUUUAACAAAUUUACAGAACAAGUAAAAUUUGUUUUGAAUAUUAGAUUCAUACAUCAGCAGUGAAACCUGGUUGUAGUCCUUCAAGAUAUUGUACUUAUUUCUUUACAGAUUUAUUCGGUAAUUAUUUGUAAACAAUUGUGUGUUAAGAGUUGUGAAUUGAACACAUUGUCAUUACAGAACAGGACAGGAGAAUAAGGCUAAAAUGAAUCCAGGACAUUCCUCAGAAUUUCCUUUGAAAAGUGAAACUGAAGGUGCAUCAUCACUACCUUCCAUAAAUCAAGAAAACAGCAACUUGGCUGCCUUUAGUGGAACCAGUGAUGGAGACUUUUUGUCUCUGGAUCCAUUGAUGGACAUUAAAAUAGAACCAGAGGAAUUCUGUGAGUCUAAUGAAGAUGAUAAAUAUACAUAUGAAAUAAAUUCAACAGUGAAUGAAAAACAUCCACAAACUUGCAAAAAGGAAGUAAAACAAGAAAGAAGAAAUAGUCACAAUGGAGAGAAGCCUUUCAGAUCAACUGAUUGUGAGAAAGCAUUUUACAAGAGAAUUAAUCUUACAAAUGAUAUCACAAAUCCUACCAGAGAGAAAUUCAUAUGCAAUGACUGUGGGAAAGCAUUUUCCUUGAAACAUAUUCUUAUAGUUCAUAUGAGAAUCCAUACUGGAGAGAAGCCAUUCAUGUGCAAGGAAUGUGGGAAAGCAUUUUCCCAGAAAUCAAGUCUUACACUUCAUAUGAGAUUGCAUACUGGAGAGAAGCCAUUCAUUUGUAAAGAAUGUGGGAAAGCAUUUUCCCGCAAAACACAUCUUACACUUCAUAUGAGAUUUCAUACUGGAGAGAAGCCAUAUAUGUGCAAUGAAUGUGGGAAAGCAUUUUCCCAGAAAUCAAGUCUUACAAUUCAUAUGAGAAUCCAUACUGAAGAGAAACCUUAUAUGUGCAAGGAAUGUGGGAAAGCAUUUUCACAGAAAUCAGAGAUUACAGUUCAUAUGAGAAUCCACACUGGAGAGAAACCAUUCCUAUGCAAGAAAUGUGGGAAAGCAUUUUCCCAGAAAUCAAGUCUUACACUUCAUAUGAGAUUGCAUACUGGAGAGAAGCCAUAUAUGUGCAAUGAAUGUGGGAAAGCAUUUUCCCAGAAACGAGAUCUUACACAUCAUAUGAGAUUGCAUACUGGAGAGAAUCAUCCAUUCAUAUGCAAGGAAUGUGGGAAAGGAUUUGCCCACAAACAUCAUCUUACAACUCAUAUAAGAAUCCACACUGGAGAGAAGCCAUUCAUGUGCAACGAAUGUGGGAAAGCAUUUUCCCAGAAAUCACAUCUUACACGUCAUAUGAGAUUGCAUACUAGAGAGGAAAAAGAAACAACAUGAUAAAAUGAACCAGUUAAGGCAGAGAUUUCUCAAAUGACCAACUAUAUAACAGAUCAAAUUCACUCACAAAAUCUGCUCAAGAAAAUAAGGAAAAUUACGAAAAAAAUACAGAAUAUGGAAUGAACAAAUCAGUGGAAAACUGGCAGAACACCAAGCCAAUAUAAAGGCCCAAGCUUCACAAAUAGGAAACAAACAAGAGAAGAUAAAAGUAAAUUAGAUAAAUAUGCAGUUUGGUGAAAAUUCAAAGAUUGUAUAGGAAGAUGAUGAAAGAAACAGUGGAGGUAUGAACACAACUGAGCAAGGAAGACCUAGAGAGAUUUUGGAAGCCACUGUUUGAAAACCAUAGACAACACCUGGAUAUUCAAAUUUAUGGAAUUACACAACAUCAAUGAGGAAAUAAGAUCUUUCUUGGCAGCACAGAUGAGUAAGUGGAAGACCACUCUCUGUCUAAAACACUCUGAGGGCCAGAUAGUAAUUCCAGACGUAAAGAUCCAAAGAGGAAUAUUCCAGAGUGACAGCCUUUAACGAGUUCUAUUCUGCUUGACCAUAGAUCCGCUUAGGAAAAUCUUGAACAACAUUAACACUGGCUGUGACCUAAGCAAAAGCAGAGGCAGAAAAGAGAAUAAAAGAGUGAACCACCUGCUCUUCAUGGAUGACCUGAAGUUGUUUGCAGACUCAGAAGAAAAAUUGGAAGAACAAGUUAGGACAGUUCACCAAUUCUCAAAUGACACCUGCAUGGAAUUUGGGUUGGACAAGUGUGCCACGAGUACAAUAAAGAGAGGGAAGAAAGUAACAUCAGAAGGCAUAAAGGUAGAGGAAGGCAUGUUUGUUGAAGACCUGGCAGAGGAGUCUGCAUAUAAGAACUUGGGAAUACAAGAAAACAGUGGUAUAGAACACAAGGUAUAGAACAAAAGAGAGAAAAGAUACAGAAAAAAUACAUCAGCCACUUAAAGAAGACCUGUAAUUGAGAACUAACACCAAAGGACAAGAUCACUACCAUUGGUGACAUAUGGUUUUGUCAUUGUAGUCUGGCCACAAGGUGAGUUCGACAGGAUGGACAUUAAAACCAGGAAGAUUCUCACCCUACAUAAAUAUCUCCCUCACAGAGAAGGUGGAUUAUGCCUACAGAACAUCAAAGAGGUUGCCCAACACCACAGGCUAAGAACUUUGCAGAUCUGCUAGAAGACACAGACUCCAGCAAAAACGAUAGCCAGGAAGACCAGUCAGAACUAGUCACAGUCAAGAACUGGAAAAAUAGUUGAACAGACAAAGAAGAAUCACUUAGAUGGAUAAGAAAUGGAGAUCUAGGUUAUGAUGGAGAAAUUUUGAUAAUAGAAACACAAAAUCAAGACCUAAAAAACAGCUUCAAGAAAAUGGCAAGUAUAUCAGGGAGUGACCAGUGUAGGUUUUAUCAUGCAGCGGUUGAGAGUACGAAUCAUCUGAUAUCAGCCUGCCAGACCCUGCUUGCAGAUGGUCACUACACAGCCCGCCACAACAAUAUCUGUAAAUAUAUAGAUUGGCAAAUACAU